AUGCCUUUGACUCCCGUUGCCCACUCCGUUCUCUACCUGUUCGAAGCUGCUGCUAUGAACGAGUCACACCCGUUAACCUGCCCUCCCUGGACAAGCAACGUGUGGAGGGAGCUUUUUGGGCUGUUUCCUCUAAAGGGUAGUGAGGACUAUUACGAUGCUGAGAUUGAUGUAGUUGGCGACAGUGACCCACAGUUGGAUUCAAGCAAGGAACUGGGCCUCACCAUGCCCGAGUCUUCAAUAGCCUCGAUCACCGAAAAUCGCCGGAAGGCACUUGGGCUCCAUGCGGAUUAUGUGAGGAAGAUACCAAUCCGCAAGACAAUCAAGUCCACUACUCGAGGCGAGAAAGGUGGCCCGGACCCUUAUGGGUAUGCUGCGUAUCGCAACCUGGUAUUGGCUGCAAUCAACAGGAAGGGCGGCGUCAUGAAUCAAGUGGAGGAGACUUUGGGAAAGAUUGGGGCUACUCCUGCCGAUCUCUGGAAGGAUGACAGAAGCUUAAACAGGGAACGUCCAGCUACCAAGCGUGUUCUUGAGCAUCAGGUGCCUAUAGCUGACACCCAUGCAAGGCUGGAAGAACGAGAUGUGCAAGCAGCUUUGGCUCGAGCCCUAUUUGGCGAUGCAGGGGUCAGCAGUCGUGGGACUGUUGUCCCAGAGCUGAUCCCUACAAUUCGUUGCUUUGCACAGCGCAAGUAUGAGAACCUUGCGCGGAGCUUAAAGCGUCACAGUAAACUGAAGGCUCAGAUCCCCAAGGCAUUGCGUGACGCAACAAGGGCUUUGACUGAUUGGCGGAAGAUAGCAAUAGGGACAAAGGAGGUUGAUGAGCUUCACUUCCUGUCCAGGGAACGUACGCUGAAGCAGUUAUGGUCAAGUCUUGGGUUUGGAAGUCUUGAGGAUGAUCUGACAAGUCAACUCAAGAUGGUCCGCGAAGAAGAAAUGCAGGCUGCCUAUGCUUACUAUGUUGAGGAGUACUGCUAUGGAGUUGGCUGUCUUGACGAGUCCGAGCUUCCUAUCCCUACAGUUGGUGUCUCUGGUCUCCACAGUUUGGUGGAUGGGUGCGAGGAUAUUGGGGUAUCGCAUCUCAAGUCCUUGUCCACGGAGGCUUUGUGGGCCCAGCUAGGACUGCCAGGUGUGGAUCAGUUCCGUUUGCAGAGCCUGGCACUGGUGAAAGCGCCAAAGACAUGGCUCCACUGGCCAAAACUCGUGCGUGCCGUUUUGGCAUCAAGUGGUAGGCACUCUCAGAAUCUUGGAAGGCGCUUUCACACAGAGAGUGGCGAUUGCGCCCAACCAACUUUACUGUGCGACAAUGUUGGACUUGGAAAGACGGUGCAAAUCAUUGGGGUCAUUAGCAUGAUCCAACAUUACUAUAAGCAACGGAACUGCCAGCCAAAGAGCGUCUUGCAACACCCAUGUUUAUCCAAGAGCAAAGCUCGCCAUACUUUGCAGGCCAAAAGACCAUACCAAAUUUGCCAUCAAUUGUCAUUACUCCGCGGACACUUGGCAAUCAAUGGAUGGAGCAAUGGAAGAAGUUUACCCAGCUUGGUAGUUUUGUUCCUGUCCGGUCCAUACCGCGUGCAGCUGGACGAGACUUGGAGCAUGCAGGGCGAGUGGUUAUCAUUGCAGACCUAUCGGCUAUUGCAAAGGAAGCAAAACGGUGCUUACAGCUCCCUCCUGCAUUCAAGGGUAAAGAUGCAAGGGAGUACAAAGCUAAGGCGAGACACCUGUUUUCAAGGCAGGGAUCAGCAAUGCAGGCUCACUCUUUGGAAUGCGCUUUCGGGUGGCAGCUGUGGACGAGAUACACAAUCUCUGAAACAGCAGUCACACUCAACAAGGGGUUCAGCUCAUUAUCAGUCCUCGUCCUUGGUGAUUGGAGCAACCGCCACACCAUUGUUUACGUCGCUCAAAUGCCUGCUUGCUCUUGGACGAAACCUGCGCUACCAGCCAUUGCUUGGUGAGCAAGGAGUUCAGGUCUGGAACGAGAUGCAGGAAAUGCUGUCAACUGGUAAUGAAAGUUGGAGGCUUACAAGCACAGCGGUGAUUCAAGCCACAGUAGAAAGGGAGCUUCAAGCGGCACUUUUACUUGGCAAAAUUCCCUUGUACACCCCCGCGCUGCUAAGAUCAAGGAAGAACUGGAAAGCAAGUACCAGCUGA